GAAUCAAAUUUUUUUUCAAUGCGACUGAAAUUAGAAAUAAAUUCGUGACCGUGCGUGUGUUCCUCAUUUAAAAGUAAAAAAAGUGGUUCAAAAAUCUACAAAAAAGAUAAAAUAAAACGAUAUAUAACAACUUCACUUGUUGAUAAACGAAACAAUCGAAAAAUGGUAAAUCCAUUUGCGAAUUUAGGCCGUGAAUAGACACAAAUCCAGUGACCUGCGUCAGGUUGUUUCUUUGUUUCCAAACAAAGAUUAUUUUCGACGACUUGUUUUGAAUUUUCAUUCUGUUUUAGAGAAACUAAGAGAAUCAAAAGAAUGGCCAAUCCAGACGUGAACUACAAGUCUCUCAAUGAGGGGGGCAAUCCCUUUAGGAAAGAUGAAAAUUUGGCCGAUAUUGAUAGUCCGAAUGAAAAUGAAGAUACCCCUCGAACUAGUGGUAUAAUGAUACACAUCGUUCCGGAGACAAGUAGAACUAGAUGGAAUCAUAUUGAAGACCUUGAUUCGUUCUUUACUCGGAUGUAUAACUAUCACCAAAAACACGGAUUCACUGUAAUAGUUAUGGACGGAAUGUUUCAACUUAUUCAGUUUGGAUUUGUUGUAUGGGUUCUGACUUUUACAGUGUACUGCGUUGAUUAUAAAGAGUUAUUUGGCGAUGCUGGACGGAACAAAACUUCUAUAAGCGACGUUACUAAACCUAUUGGAGAAUGUGUUCAAGGAUUUACAGGCAUAACAUUUUUGGUUUUAUUCAUAGCAACUUUAUUUUUUAUGGUAAAGAUGAUCAAAAUGAUUUAUCAUAUAACGCAAUACUCAGAUAUGAAGAAAUUUUAUAAUUCGGCUCUACAAAUUGAAGAUAAUGAACUUGACAAUAUAACAUGGCAUGAAAUCAAAAAGAAAAUCCGAGAAGUUCAAUCGGAGCAGCACAUGUGCAUAGAUAAGGAACAACUUACAGAACUAGAUAUUUACCAUAGAAUUCUUAGAUUUAAAAAUUAUAUGGUUGCUUUAAUGAAUAAGAACUUAUUGCCAGUACGUUUUCGUAUACCAAUAUUGGGUGAAUUUGUAUCUUUAAGUCGCGGUUUGACUUAUAAUAUAGACUUUAUAUUAUUUCGUGGUCCAGGGUCUCCUUUUCAAAACAAUUGGCAAUUACGGGACGAUUACACUCAGCGAAGCAAUCAAGUUGAAUUAGCACAACGCCUUUCGAAACAGAUUAUGUGGGUGGCAAUUGCCAAUUUAAUUCUUGCUCCAGUUAUCUUCCUUUGGCAAUGUAUCUAUUUUUCAUUUCAAUACGUUAAUAUAUUGAAAAAAGAACCAGGCGCCUUAGGAAUGCGGACAUGGUCAAAUUAUGGUCGACUUUAUUUAAGGCAUUUCAACGAACUAGAACACGAAUUAGAUGCUCGCUUAAAUCGUGCUUACGAACCAGCUGACCGUUAUCUUAGUUCGUUUUCCUCACCAAUAAUGAAUGUUAUUGCGAAAAAUAUACUGUUUCUUUCUGGUGGUAUUCUAUUUCUCAUCUUGGCUCUUGGUAUCUAUGAUGAAUAUGUAUUCCAAGUGGAGCAUGUCCUUACAAUUAUUGCUGUACUGACUGGAAUUGGAGUAGUUUGCAGAACUCUUAUUCCAGACGAGAACAGGAUAUGGUGCCCCGAGCAAUUAUUGACUGCAGUACUCGCACAUGUACACUACCUUCCAUCUGAAUGGAAAUGCUUCGCACAUACAACUCAGGUCCAACAAGAGUUUGGACAUUUCUUUCAAUUCAAAGCGGCUCAUUUAUUGAAUGAAAUAUGUAGCCCCCUUAUUACACCAUUUAUUCUUCUAUUCGUCUUUCGUCCUAAAGCUCUAGAAAUUGUGAAAUUCUUUCGAAGUUUUACAGUUACUGUAAAAGGAGUGGGUAAUGUGUGCUCUUUUGCACAAAUGGAUGUUCGAAAACAUGGUAAUCCAGAAUGGCAAUUAUUGAAUGUAAACAAAGAAAAGAUUCCAGCUGAAGAUGAGGGUCAACACUAUGCAGUGGAAAAUGGCAAAACUGAGCUAUCACUUGUACACUUUACAUUAACAAAUCCUGAAUGGAGAAUGCCACCAGAUGCUAAACACUUUAUGAAGGGUAUUCGCAAGAAUGCCAUUCAAGACUUGAUGCGCGCCAAGACAUCAGAAUUGGAAAAUAAUACCGCAAUGGCUGAGAGUUUAGUUUCUUUCGGUACAAUUGGUGAAGAGUAUUCAUCUGUUGCCAAUUCGAUAUUUAACAAUCAUCACAUUGUUGGAAGUGUAAUUGGACGUUCGGUUCAUCCUAUUCGUAAGCCAACUCCUAUGGCAGGUCCGUCUUCUGCUGCUGCUGCAGCAGCCGCUGCCGACUCCUCCACUAGAACGUUUGACUUUGAACAAAUGUUGCAGCAGAAUUUGGAAGAUGCUUCUACAACAACCGAACAAGAGAACGAUGAUUUUUCCCCAUCUAUGAUGCAGAGGUCUACCGCUCCAAUGGACAGAAGUGUACGCUUUGGUGUGAGGAGAAGCGAAGGGCGUCCAGAGGGUCCCGCAGACAGUCUUUUAUACAGCAUCUACGGCCUGGAUUCCCAUUUAGGAUUUAACCCAGCUGAUCUGACUACAGCAGAUAUGUGUUUGAGUACGCUAUAUCUGCAUGAAGUUCAUCGCAGAAGGAUGAAAUCUCGUCCUAUAAGAAGAAACCUACCAGGACGGGGAGCUACAACUCAAUCUGUAAUAACAGCCAAUGUCGCUGAAAGUACUCCGCUGCUACAUACACACCGGUCAUAGCACAAGGCUGAGUGGAUCUGAAGUCUACUACCAAAACAAACUAAGAACAAAAUAAGAAAUAAUAUUUUUUGCUACCCAAAUGUUUUAUCAUUAAUAAUUCUCAAAAAUGAAUCUGCCACCACUAUGAAUAUUCGACCAUGUUUUGUGGUAAGUUAAAUCAUCAAAAAUUGCCAAUUUCUUAACGAUGAUAAAGGAGGUUGAAAAAAAAGAAGAAGAAACAAAAAACAAACAUAGAAGACGCCACAGCCAUCUAGUCUAAUGCUGCAUUUCAAAGAAGAGAAAAGAGAAUAACAAAAUAAUCACAAUAAUUUGAGACCUGUAAUUGCAGCAUAAUAUUUUAUUUUCAUACAAAAAUAUUUUUUUAACAUGAGAUAUAUACAUACAAGUCAACGAAGGCAAAAUAAAACA